CUGAGACCAUCGGUGAAGUCCGGCAGCAGAGAUAACAGCAUUUCAUUCUCGGCGUCUUUUUUGGUUGUCUUUACAGGGUCGCCAUGAUUCCCAGGGGUCUCAGGGAAUCCCUCUCUACUCGAGUACGGACUGUGGCUUUUUCGGUCUUGGCUUGGGCUUGUUUGAUACGAUAAAGUCGGAGCUGCUGUACGAACAGGGACACCUAGCCAGCUAUCAUUUUUGUCGUAUUUACCCUGUCUGCGUUGGAGAAAUUCUAUCAGCAGCCUUCAUCCACUACACAUCCCACUCCUCAUCGCAAUCUACAAAGCUCGGCAGCAGACGUUGUAUUUCUGGCCGACUAUAUAACCGCCGGUCGCUUGCCACAGCUCCUAUUCUGCCAACCUCAAUAGCCCAUCCACCUCUACAGUAUGCCGGUCGCAACCGCUUCCCAGCUAUACGCCACACUAGGCUUCACUCUCCCGCCGGCUCGUAUGAACCACGACGAGUCCAUCUAUCUCACUUGGGAAGAGGGACGAACCAAGCCGCUCGAACGGUUGCGCAUCCCCGUCAGUAAUCUCCGAGGGGAGUUGGACAUGCCAGAGCAGGAGAGAGUGGAUCCAAAGGAGCAGCUUGGAAAGAGAGGGUUUGCUGUCCUGAAACAUGAGAGUGCUAGCUUGGGAGGUCUUGGGACGGAGGAAGGGACUGCAAAGUAUCUUGACGAGACCGCCGACCUUCUCAAACGUAUCCUCGACUGUGAUAGAGUCAUAGCAUGGAACAGCGUCGUCCGAAAGAACACCACCGACACCAAAGAGAAGAUCAUCAACAAACAGCAAGCGCCCGAGAAAGGCUUCGUCCCGACGUCGAGGGUACAGCCGACAGCUGGCUUGGCGCACGUUGACCAGAAUGCAGAGUGGGGUUUCGAAUUGUGCGGGAAAGCCAUCGGCAAACCUGCUGGUGAAUUCAAGCGCGUACAGAUCAUCAACCUCUGGCGUCCUCUCCACGGCCCCGUGACAAACGCCCCUCUCUUCAUGCUUGACCCCACCACCCUCUCCCCGCAAGAUCUUGGCACCCACGCCUCCCAAUUCGGCUCGGGCUACGACAUCCACCACUCUCCCUCCCAGCGCUGGGCCUACAUCCGACAUCAGAUGCCGGAUGAAGCGAUCUUGUUGAAGUGUUAUGAUACGGAUCAAGGUAAAGGCGGUGAGGUGCUUUGGUGUGCCCAUGGGGCGGGGGAGGUUGAUGGGGAUGGGCUCGCUGAUGAAGGGGAAGAGGAGAGGCCAAGGGAGAGUGUUGAGGUUAGGCUGGUGGCUGUUUGGGAGUAACCUUUGGGGUUUGUGGAAGACGACGGGCAGGAAUAUGAUUUGGUGACCGGUAUGUUGUAAACUUACAUGUAGAUCUUGAGCUUUAAUUGUGUACUCUUCGCGAUGUGGUUUGUCAGAAUCGGCAAUUCGAUAGAAGUAUUCGUCAAAGCUGGUAGUAUCAUCAACGGCCAGAGGCAGUAUUGCUGCAGUUCUGUAUUCUAUUAUAGUACACCCAUGCCAAAUGCAUGAUACGAAAGUGAGAGGCG